CAAACACGGCCACCAUGUUGAAGCUCGGCUGUAUAAUACUCGUCGUGGUUAUGAAUUUGCCACGUUCAAAAGCUACUGUUUGUGGUUACUCGUGCCCCCAGCGCUACACAACGAAGUGUGGAUUUCUUAACUUGAAACGCUGUACAAGAUACAGGGAUCGAACCUGCAACAGGUGUUGCACUGGCUGGACUGGAGACGUCUCAACAAAUUGCAACACCGCCAUUUGUUUUGGUGUCACCACUUGCCCCAAUGGCGGGUCUUGCACAAGACCUGACUACUGUGCCAACUGUAAUCGAGGCUACUACUCUCCAAGAUGCAGUCAAUGCACACCCAUUGCACACUGUGUUGAGGUUUUCUGCAGCAGUUCCUCAAACCAGAAAUGUGACCGAUGUGACGGUGAAUUCGGCCCUGCUCUGGGAUCAGCCUACAAGAAGACUGAUGAUAUGAGACAAUGCAUUAAGCAGUGUUCAUGGAGGAGUGACAGCAAUGCCUGCUACCCGGGAUCCUGCACAGACUACCGAUGCUCAUGCAACAGCGGAUUCUCGGGAAGAGACUGCAGAACAAUGAGUCAUUCGCCAACCCUCUCAGAGCACCGUGCCACCCUGAUCAUGGGGACGACUACUCUAGAAUCGCCCACAGUCCAGGGGAGCACAGCCACCGUCUACUCGAAUGUCCAGAACUUCAGAAACCUCAGGGUCAACUGGGUAAGCUCCUACCAACCAACCGGACUGCCGAGCCCCAGCGCCGGUGGACAUCCCUACAUUGAAAGCGUUGGACUUGGCAUUGUGGGUGCAAGAGUCACAGCUGCUGUGAAUCGGGGUUCAAGCAGCAUUUAUUCAGUAGGCUCCCAGGAUUGUACAACAUCAACGACUGGAAGGUCCUUUAACCGAGACAGACCCAAUACAGCCCUGGUGACCUGUGAGGUGACCUUCACUCUGAACUAUAACUCUUGGAACCCAUCAACAGGAGACGUACUGCGGAUUGAUGUGUCUGCAACAAACGGCGGGUACCUGAAGCUUUUCAACAGGGACUUGUCCAAUCGCAUCAGCACACGCUACUACAGCGGCCGAACAAGCUCCGCCUACUCAACUUUCACCUUUGACUUUGUGGAGCCCUACCACUGCGUCGGUGCUGCUGGAGGAUGCAGAACAAGCAUGCUGAAUGCAGGAAAUGAUGUAACCACACAGGGAGCGAUAACAGUCACAUGGCAAGGCUGGGCCGACGAUCUGGCUGGUAUUAAGGAGUAUGACCUGGUAGUGCGACAGCUAUCCGGUAGCCAUGGCAGCGAGAUGACAGAAAUCUAUGACAGUCCACCCGUAUAUUCUGGAGUGACCAGCUCAGGCCAGAGGGUCACUUUACCCCAUGUUGGUGUGUACUCAGUCAUCCUCACUGUCGUUGACAACGCCGGCAACUUCAGACUCUGCAGGCGUUUCAUUUUCUUUGAUAACGAUCCCAGUGAUGUCACCAUUCAGACCGAUUCCCCUCUGCGUGUGACCUCAGCAUCUUCAAAGACUGACUACCUGUGGCUGACCAGUCUGAACUCUGGCGGGCCAACCUCGGUAGAUUUAGUCUGGACAAACCGAUUCAUUAACGUGCAUCAUGUAAACCAAGGACUUCUGAAACCAAUUGGAUCCUACACUGCCGGUUUCAUUGACAGUGAUUAUGAUCAGAACUUUGGGCGGCGUGGCCGUGCAGCUAUCCCUCAUGCACUUGGUGUGACGCAGUUUCGCGUCUUUUACGACAUCGACCACAGCGGCGGUAGGACCACUGUUGCAGUGAGCGAUGGCAACUCCGACAACUGGAGAAACGAAGCCACAAGCACGCAGGCGACGUACUACCUGAGGUUAGUGGACGGCGAUUCUAUACGAUUCUGGGUGGAGGCCAGGGACCUUGCAGGUCACUCUGUGAGGGACAGCGUGUUGGUCCACACCGACUCAUCCCCGCCAAUUAUUGAAGACUUCUGGCUGGUACGGGACGGAGAGGUGAACCUGGCCAUUCAUAACUCAGACGAUCUGCAUGAAAUGAGUGUUGCAUUUAGGACAUACGACAUUCACAGCGGAGUCAGAACUAUCCACUGGCGUCUCUGGGACCCCGUCACAGAGACAGAGUAUGGAAGCCAGACAAUUCCUGCCAGGAGAAUCAAUGCGGACACGGACUGUGAUCCAGUUAGCUGUAUGUGUGUCCCGAUUGGUGACUGUUAUGCCGCAGACUACGGAUUUAAUCCAACUUUCCACAUUGGUGCCCAUGACACUGAUUACUUCAUCACUCUGACGGUUACCAACCAUGCCAGACUGGUAACAACUCAAACAAUCCGGGUAACAGUGGACACAUCCGCUCCCCAAGCCGGUGUGGUGCAUGAUGGGAUACGUGGAUCCAAUGAGGUGGACUUUCAGGAAGGCAGUGACCUCUCGGCUCACUGGGAAGGGUUCUUUGACAAGGAAAGUGGCGUCAAGUUUUACCAGUAUCUGUUUGCCACAUCUUGCUGGAUGCAUGAGGCCGCAAUUGGAAGAGUCAGAGAUGAGAUGACAAGGACUACUUCCACUCAUGCGAGUUGGACAGCGCCCUCUCCUGGCCGAUACUACGUCACUGUCAUUGCGUACAACCGAGCCCUGGAGCCAUCAGAGGUUGUCUGCUCUGAUGGCGUCGUGAUCGAUGGGAGCCCUCCUGAGUUGUCUCAGAUCGUCAUUGGCUACGUUCGGAUGUGGCCGGGACUGGCCAAGGAUGCUGAGGGUCGGACGUGGUAUAUUGAUGAGCGCCGUAGGAAGACGGAGCUGUUUAAUGCAUCCAGUGGAUGCAGUUCCAAGGCUGCUAUGGUAGACGAUCUGUCUGUUUAUCCUGAGAUGGUCAGCACCAAUGACUCCUCAGUGAUACUCCGUGGAGACCUGGAUUGCCUGUGGAUCCCAGCCAUUGAAGAGAAGUUCUUCCUUCCAACUGACAAACACGUGAAUGUUUCCUGGAUGGGAGAGGAUCCCGAGAGCUCCAUCUACGACUACCAGAUUGGGUACACCUUAGAUCACAGGCCUGACUUCGUAGCCAGCAUAUCAACAUCAGGUCAUGACCACUUUGUAAUGUACCAUCCCGAUAUCAGCCACGGGUCUGUUCUACAUCUGAUUCUGACGGCAGUGAACAAGGCCCAGCUAUCAACGACCAAGGGGAUCGGUCCAGUUAUAGUGGACACCACCCCACCCAUUUUUGUUGGGCAUGUCGCUGUCCGUGUGGAGGGUGAGUACUUAGUUGCUGAAUGGGGAGACGACGGCUUCACUGAUGAUGAGGAUACAGGCCUGAGAUAUCAAGUUGCCAUUGGUAGCAGCCCAGGUGGCACGGAGACCCUUUCUUACCUGACAGAAAAAUACUACAGAAUUGGUCCGUGUUCAUCCCAAACAUCCUGUGCGGCAUUCUCAUUGGAUGACCUAAACUGGCAUCUCCAUGGUGACCAUGAAUAUUACGUGUCUGUCAGAGCACAGAAUGGUGCUGGAUUGACAACAGUGGGGAUCUCAUCUGUUUAUAGACACAUUGUGCAGUUGCCAUCCCUGGGCGUUGUAUUGGAUGUUGCUCCGCCAGGAGAAGAAGUGGCUGUGGACUUUGGGGUUGCCCAGGACAUAGACGUGCAGAUGGACACCACCAGCAUCUCAGCUCGGUGGUAUGGCUUUGAGCAUCCCCAUCUUGAUAUCAGCUACGAGAUUGCCGUCGGAUUGGAAGGUGACAUCUCAGAUGUCAGUGGUGGUUACAUCGGUAUUGGCAAUGUAACUUUCUAUCAUCUGGACGGACUGAAUCUUACUCUACUCAUGACCUAUUACGUGACUGUCCGCGCUAUCUCUGAAGCUGGCAGUGUCUCCGUUACCUCAGAUGGUCUCAAAGUCAUUCAGGAGGGUCAGUUAUUGGAGGGAGCUACAAUCAAAGAUGGGCUUGGCUGUGGUGAAACUUCUGUUCCUCCAGGGUUGUCCCAUCACUCAUCUGCUGCUGAUCAACCCUGUCAGGAUGACAUCACCUACCAGUCCUCCACCUCCGACAUCUCAGCUCGUUGGACCAUCCCUGAGAUGCUGCAGCCCUUUGUGACUAACAUCCGCUGGGCGUUCGAACAGGAGAUUGAGAUUAACUUAGGUUAUGAAAACCGAACAGUGGUGUGGACCACAUUGCUUGAGGAUGAAGAUCUGGGCACGGCAUUCCAACAUGUUGGGGCUGGUGUAGGGUUGGAAGGCGGAGCUCACUACAGAUCAAAGGUUCACUUUUGCCAUGUUAGCAUUUGCUUCCAGCCCAUCAUGACUGAUGGAUUCUGGGUAUUGUCCGAACCUCCCGAGGUCGGUCAGGUCACAGUAAGCAACAUUGAGUCCACACAAGGCAGAACAGAGAUCCACGUGGCCUUCCAGCCUUUUGCGCAUGAUUACGUCCUUCAUGACAACCCACAGGAAUUGAUGGAUUUCUAUGAGUGGAGCAUUGCUGAAGAUGGUAAUGACAGAGCCCUGCUGAGUCAGUGGACACGAAUCCAGGAUUUGACGAUUACUGGAGAAAUGGCCCGCUUCAUGGCCUUCUACAGUGGACAGUUAGACCUGGAUGUCUGUCUUCGGCUAUCAGUCAGAGGCUACAACAAGGCCGGCCUAUCCUCCAUCGCUAGCACAGAGAUUGUUAACUGUGACGAUGUGACACUUGUCAUGCCCCAUGUUGUCAUUGAUGCAGAUCAUGAAGUUAACAUUGAGCAGAAUGCAAUGUGGCCCGAGCCAGACAAGAACUACGUCUCGUCUACGUCCUUCUUAUCAGCCGUCUGGCCCACACUGCGCCACAGGGACUACUUCUGGGCAGCCAUUGAGGACGCUGGAUUGACAGACUUUGGAGACUUGGACAAGGGUCUGCAGUACCCGUGUGAUCACCCAAGGGCUAUCUCCUGUGGCAGAACAGAUAAAGAGUUUGUCAACAUCCCUGAUUUGGCCCUUUCACAUGGGAAGCGUUAUCGUAUUUGUAUCCACGCCGAUGAAGUGACUUUAAAGCAUGAACUUUGGGAGGAGCUCCUUCCGGCUGUAUCCAGCUGCAGCGAUGGCGUUGUCGUGGAUACAACCCCACCAACACCUGGCUCCGUGUGGAUCGGUUGGAGUCAGCAUCAAAUCUAUCAAAGUUCCGUCUCUGAGUUGGUGCUCCACUGGGAGUCGUUCACUGACAUAGAGGAACACGGCUUCGCCCGUCAUCACUCUGGAAUCAAGUACUAUGAAUAUAGUUCUGUGUCUGAGUUGGCACUACACUGGGAGUCGUUCACUGACAUAGAGGAACACGGCUUCGCCCGUCAUCACUCUGGAAUCAAGUACUAUGAAUAUGCCAUUGGUUCGAUGUGGGGUGGCAGUGACGUAAAGGGGUUCACUCGAGUUGGGAUCACCAACGGUGUCAUCGCACACAAGCUGAGGUUACAGAAUGGACACAAGUACUAUGCCACAGUGAAAGCAACUGACUUUGUCGGCCUGUCUUCCCAAGCGAUGUCAGAUUCAAUAGUCAUUGACACAUCUCCUCCUGUUGUCAGUGAGGAUCACACGUUGGACAUUGGUGGCAGCUUCAUCCGGUCGACAACUUCCAUCUCGGCAAGUUGGGAGAAUGUGUUCUCAGACAGGGAGAGUGGCGUAGCAUACUACGAGUGGGCCGUGGGGUCACACUCAGGCCAUGCAGACAUCAUGCCUUUUACUAGAGAGGAUAAAGAGACUGUGGUCAGUGACUCUUCACAACCUUUACCCCUCCAAGAAGGUCACUCGUAUUUCAUCGCUGUAAAGGCCAUCAAUACUGUGGGUCUGAUCACGCUGAGGAGUUAUGGAGCUUUCACCGUAGAUGCAAGCCCUCCAGUGGCCGGCCACGUCUUCGACGGAGAUCUGGUGCGAGUGCCGGCCAAUCAUAGAGACCGAGACUUCCAGGAAGAUCGCACUGAACUGAGAGCAUUCUGGGAAGGGUUCCACGACCCGCACAGCACCAUCCUGGGCUAUUCAUGGAGAGCUGGGAUGUGUCCCGGGUGUUCCGAUGUCGUGCCUGAGCAGCAUGUGGGCUUGUACACUGAUGUGGUUGCUGAAAACCUUAACCUGGUGCCUGGUCUGACCUACUAUGUGACGGUGACGGCCUGUAAUGCCGCUGGCCUGUGUACCUCAGUGACUUCCGAUGGCGUCAUGGUAGAUGACUCGCCUCCAUUGCCAGGGAAGGUGUAUGAUGGUGGCCCUGGCAGUGAUGACAUAAGCUACCAGUCUUCACGGUUCCAGCUGCGAGCCCAUUGGUGGGGUUUCCAUGACCCUCACUCCAGCCUCUCCCACUUUGAAUGGCGCGCCGGCACUACACCAGGAGCUGAGGACAUUCUCCCCGCUACACGAAUUGAGCUGUCAGAGGAUGCUCUAAAAUUCCUGCCAGCGUCAGACCAGCUGCCCGUAGGCGCUGACAUCUACAUCACCGUACGUGCCUAUAACCGGCUCGGCAUGUGGAGUGAGGCUACAUCUAAUGGGUUCCGCGUGGAUUCUAGCCCCCCUGAUGUGGUGGACACACCUGCUGUUGAUGAGACGCAGGGGAUGGCAGUCCAAAACACCCAGGUUCUGCGUGACCUCCUCCACUUUUCCUGGAAGUUCAAUGACCCUGAGAGUGGUAUCAGCGACCAGUAUGUGUCGGUCAGCACACACCACAAUGGAGACAUCAAUAUACCUCCAAUUAAGAUCGCAGGAAGUGAAUUGGACCACACCUUCACCAAUUUGACAUUGCACGAAGGAAGUCGUUACGUCAUAACUGUGGUGGCUUGCAACUUCGCUGGCCUCUGUACGGAGGCCAAGACAGAAUCCCUGCUGGUCGACGGUAGCCCACCUUCCGUCGGGACGUUUGCCGUGGAUACAGAGAGUGCCGCCAACUUGAACCGUCAUCGCAUCGUCUGGAUCGAUCCGCAAGAACCAACCCAAGGUAGUCCCCCACCUCCUGCUCGUCAGCACUCCGGCUGGAUGACGUGGCUGGAAGACACCAGCACCUCCACUGGUUCCUUAGCCCUGGCCUGGCUGGGAUUUGCCGAUGUGCACUCUGGUAUCAGUCACUACUUGGUCUCCGUCGGACGCACCUAUGGUGGCUUGGAACUCACUCCGAAUGGACCAAUCCGUGUUGACCACAGCAAUGACGGCAUGUCAUUGGACGAGGGCAUCGCACAGACAGCUGUUAUAUCAUUAGAGGGCAGUAUAACAGGCUUAUCUCCUCCGUACCUUUACAUCUCCAUCUGGGCCAUUAACAGGGUUGGGUUACUAAGCAACCGCCAUCACUCAACAUUUGAGGCCUCUCCCACUUCACCCAAUGAGGGCUCCCUUGUCCUGCUGCGAAGCUGCUCGGCAGCGACCUGUGAGGGCCACUGUGCGUGCGCACCCAUCGACCGAAGAUGCGCACCAAGUAGGACCUGCAGUGAUGUAACCGGAAGUAAUCCCAACGCCGAGAUAGAAGUUCUGGACGUACUGGAUCUGAUGCAUGACGAUGUCAGCACCACGACAGACGUCGAUGAAACCGCUACUCAGUUCAUGGCAGCUGCAGUCUGGCGAGUCACUGAACAGAAAGGAUUAGGUAUCACAUGGUUUGAGUGGAGCAUCGGUGAUGACUCCUCAUCAGAUCCGUCUGGAGUCUUUGAUGCAGGCAGGGACAGAGUAUGGUUUGACGUGGGACAGGAUAACCAAGUCAUUAUCACACUGGACGAAGACCACAAGCUGCAGAAGGGAGUCAAGUAUCACGUGUUUGUCCGUGCCUGGUAUGACGCUAAUACCUAUGCUGUGUUCAGGUCAGAUGGCAUCACCCCUGAUGUCACACCACCAAAAAUCUCAACAGUCAGAGGCACAAAGAUUAAAGAUCUUGCAACUCCCAGUGCUACCAAAGACACAGAUUACUUGACAAAUCCUGACGUUAUUUUUAUUUCCUGGAUGGGAGUGUUUCUUGAUGACGCAAUGUCCCACUACCAGGUGUCGCUCAGUACCUAUCCAGGAGGAGAGGACAUCCGGCAGUUUGCUGACCACACCUUCCCAGCCGAUGGGUCUUCCACCCAGUUCACCGGCCUGGACUUGCAGAGUGGACUGCGUUACUAUGGCAACGUACGGGCAUUCAACAAAGCUGGUUUGCACACGCUGAAAAGCAGUGACGGCUUUGUGAUGGACACCAGGGGACCAGAUCCUGGCCUGGUGUUUGAUGGGAUAGGUCUCCAUGAUGUAGAAUACCAGAACUCCAGCACGGUCAUCUCAGCCUCCUGGCAUGGCUUUGUGGAUCUAGAAUCCUAUAUAGACCAUUAUGAGUGGUGUGUCGGACUGACACAGAGCCCUACAGAUGGUGGCACCCUGCCCUGCGCUGAUGUUGGAAUUAAGCUGUCCGCCUCACAGACCCAAGCUGUGCCUCUCACUGACGGUGUUCGGUACUACUCCAAGAUCUCAGCUUUCGAUGCAGCUGGCCUACAGUCUGUGUCGGUUGCUUCAGACGGAUUUGUGGUGGACACCACUCCCCCUGAGCCACAAGAACACAUCCUUCUAGGGGAAAACUUGAUCCAGAAUCCAUCCUUUGAAAUGAUGGAGGAACCAGAUAAUGCAGAUGUGGAUUUAAGCUUUACAACAGCAAGUCCAGGAAUUUUAACUUUCAGUGAAACCUCAAUGGCUACACAAACAACUGAGAUUCAUUCAAGAAACGAAACAUCUACACUGUCAUCAACACAGUCACUGUCAACAAAUUUCUCCAACAUCAACGCCUCUGAUAGUUAUCCCACUUCUGCCACCAAUUUGACAACGGAAGAAACGUUCUCCACUGCUGAAAUGGUGACUAGUGGUCCACAAGGUGAACCCUUGGUGCAGUGGGAUGUGGGGUCUGACAGUCGGUUUGCUGUGAUCACUUCUGAGAAGAAGAUUGCCCAGGACGGUCAUUCCUUCUUGUCUCUCCACGGCUCGAUCUCUCAAACCUUUAACACUAUACUGGGCGGUCACUAUCAGGUAACAGUCUUUGCAAGCCAUGUUGUGCCGUCCCACAAUCCCUUGCUGAAUCAGGAAGGUCGCAUCGAGGCCCCUGGAUUGAAUCGUGUCUUCAGGUUGUACGACCGGCUUGCCCACAGUCACUCAGACCAGAGUCUAAGGUCCAUCCAAUGGCAUCAGCACAGGGUUUACUUCACAGCCAGUGAGGACAUCUCAACAUUGAAAAUCUCCUCAGUGGGACAAUCAAAUGGAAUUUUGCUAGACAGUGUUCAGGUGAGACUACUUACCUCAGGACCCAGCACAGGGGAUGGGUCGGUGGAGGUCCACACCCAGUUCAUACAUGGCUGGUCAUCUCUUCAGGCCAAGUGGCAUUUCAUUGACGUGGAGAGCCCCAUAGUGGACUACCGCUGGGCCAUAGGCACUACGAAAGGUGGUACUCAGCUGCAAAGCUUCAGAUCAGUGGGUACUCAGACAGAUGCUAUCAACACUGAUCUGAGAAUGGCGCACGGCUCCUAUGUGUAUGUCACCGUGAUGGCGAGAAAUGCUGCUGAACUCAUUGCCAUAGCAACUUCAGAUCCAGUACUGAUUGACCUAACACCGCCCAUAAUUCACUUUGUCAUCGAUGGUGAUCCAAAUGAUGUUGACUUCAGUGCCAACGAUAUUUCUCUGACCUUCAGUUGGUCAUCAUCUGAUCCUGAAAGUGGAAUUGACUACUGCGAGUGGACAAUAGGAUCAGAGCCUGGAUUUGAUGACGUCCUGCCGAGAACACAAUCUCCUAAUGCCACUUCCAGCGUCACGACCGGUCUGUCCCAAGCCAUGCUUGAAGGCCAACGCCUGUACGUCACUGUCACAUGCUACAAUCUCGCCGAAAAGUCGUCAUGGAAAUCAUCUGACGGGGUCACCAUAGUAACAGUGCCUCCCAGCUCGUCAGCAGCCGUUGUCAAUGUGAAUACUGUAUCAGAGACUCAGUAUGAGACACGAGAUGGGUACCAGUCGCAGAGGAACUUCCUCAGAGGAUCAUGGGAUGGAUUCAGAGAUCCAUUUGGAAUCCAAUCCUAUGAGUGCUAUCUUAGUGGACCCAGUGCCUUCUCUUCGUGGAGACCUUGCGGAUCCACAUCAGAGACCCACUUUGAUUGGUCAGGUCUCACACUAGUUGAUGAUGCCACCUAUAGCCUUGCAGUCAGAGCCGUCAGUCAUGCGGGCCUUAUCAGCCGGGCUGUCACUGGCAACUUCACAGUGGAGUCAUCCAAGCCUGCUCAAGGAGCACCGAGUCUGAUCAUAUCUUCCUGUCUGGGUGAUGGAAUGGUUGAUCUUGCCUGGGAUGGCUUGUUCUCCAACCCCUCCUCCUCCUCCUUGGUGUACGAGGUAUCUCUUGGUACCAUCCCAGGAGGUAGUGAUAUCAUACAGUGGGUGGAGACCAUGGAAACAGGUAUGCGUGUCUCACCGCUGGCCCCCUACACCGACUACCACUUGACGUUGACAGCCAUCAACGCAGCCGGCUUGUCGCAGACGGUAAAUAAAAUCAUAAAUAGUGAACAGUAAGUCUUUUAAGUUUUAUUCAUUGUGUAUAGACCUAAACGUUAAUGAUGUCACGCUUUGUUUACGUGUGGGCUUUCCUGUGGGGACUCCAUGGAUCGUGUCCCACAUCACUGCUGCCUCAGGAAAGCACGCAAGUAAACAAAGUGUGGCCUUCUUGUGUUACAGGUCUGUUUUCUGUUGUUAUAGUUGUGGAAUGGUUCUUGAAGACUUUCUUCCAUACCAAGGUCAUAGUGCAUCUUGUUGAAGAUGAAGUAAACACAGGGUUCCAAUCUCAUACUGCAGCUUCAUAAUUAGUGAAUAAGUUGUACUUUCUAUAGGAGACAGUACCGCCGCUGCUUACAAGUUCUAUUUCACAUCAUGGAUGUGUUGACGAUUGCAUGCGCACGGAAAUUUGUGUUAAGUUUUUUAUUCUCUCUGGCAUUAAGCAUGCACUGCUGUGCCAACUGUUUAAUAGUCUCUAGGAAAUGGAUAGAAGCUCUAUUAGCCCAAACUCAUUGGUUUAGCAGUGCCAUUACAUCAGGCCAAGAUUCAUACUGUUUGCAAUUAAGCAAAUUUGAAUGCCAGCCUGCAACGUCACUGCAAGGUUUUGGUGCUGAGAAUUCACAACAGGUGGUCUAGCGCGAUUCGACGUUUUGGCAUUGAAUGAAUUGUAGCAAUAUUUGUUACUGGCGACUGUAAGCUUUCUGGAAUGUUUUGAAGACUUCUCUCACACUGCUGAAGGUGCCUCAGAGUUAUAGUAGAGAUAUUUAGAAAUGUCUUGAUGAUGGCAGUUUAGAAGUGCUUGGGUAAUUAAUAUAUCUAUAUCCACAUGUAUAUGUACUGUGUUUCUCGUACCAAAAGAAUCAAGAUCAAGAAUCAAGUGAGAUCAUUAUUGCUUUUCAACGAUUAGUUUAUUUAAAAAAUAUUGUGCAGCUUUCUCUCUUAUAUCUGUGCUGAUAUCAAGGGGUAAUUUUUCUGCACUAUGAUUUAUAUUCUGAGAAUUACAGGAUUCUCAAUAAUCUGCAAUUAUUUUUUUUUUCCAAAUUUUAUUUUCGUAAACAUAAUUAAUGCCCAGUCAGUGUGAGAAUCUGACUUAGGGAGUAAUUCAAAAUAAUGGUUUCUCGAAGUGAAAAAAAAAAUGCAAUUUAAUUUCCCAAACAAUUAUAUUUUUAUCAUGUAUUACAUGCAAAGAUAGGCAUACUUCAAACUUUACUACAGACUUCAAAGCAGGAUGCUUCAAAUUU